GUUGACAUUGCUAGACUUCAUCAUCAUCAUCAUUUUACACACACUCUUAGUCACUGUUCUUGGAUUUGAAAUUUUUUUGCCACUGAUAUUAUCUGCUUUAUAGCUAUUAUAUAAAUACCUAAUAUUAAAAACAAUAAUUUGAUUAAAUCAAUUACUGUGUUCUUAAAAUGUCUCGGUACAAGCAAACAUCAAAUCCAUUUGAAGAUGACGACCCGGACGGAGAUUUCGUUGUAGUUGACAAGCGAUCAACACUUUCUUCGUCUUCAAGUUCAUCAUCACAAUUUAACAGGACACAACCCCUUGCCUCAAAAAAUGAAACAGUUUUGCGUUCUUCUGUAAACCCAUCAGCAAGCUCUUUUGAUAAAUCAUCAAUCUCAUCAGUACCAAAUUAUAACCGCCAACAAAAGCAAAAUUAUUCAUCUGAAAUUAAUUCCCCUGAUGGAGCCAACCCCUUUGAAGAUCGCCACCAACAUUUAAUACAGCAAAUUGAAAAUUCCGAAAACACCCAACUUGAAAGUACACAACGUGCUUUAGCAAGCAUUUAUGAUUCUGAGGCAAUGGGAAUUGCAACAGCAGAGGUUCGAAUAUGAUUUCUGAUAUUUAGUUUAUGGCAUAUUCAUAUAUUAGGCUUAGGCCUACAUACCAGAAAAAUGGGUAUAGUAAUUUCGUUGUCAAUGUCAAAAUGGCCACCUCCACUUUUUAAUUUACUGAGGGUAUCAUUGGUUUGUCUUUUAUAGUUGAUUUUUAGCAUAAUAAUAAAUUCUACAUCCGCCAAUGUAAAUUACUUAAAGCCGACAUCUUGCAUUUCAUGUUCUAUUGAUUGAAUAUUCAUUUAAUUUUUUUUUCGAGGUUAAAGCUUUGAAAAUUGAAUAUAUAUGUAGAAAAUGAUAAAAUAAAAAGUAUAAUCAUAAAUUUUAACUAAAUGAAUCAAAUAAUCCCAGUAUUAUUUGUUUAUACUUUUAAAUGUAAAACAAUUUCACAGAAAAUUUAAAAAUUAAUGUCUUAAGAACAUUAUAAUUAUUUUCAGGAAAUUAAAAAAUAUAUAUUUUUAAAAAUCUAAUUAAUUAAAAAUAAAUAAGUUUCGAGUCAGCAUAUGUUAUACAUUUAGUAACAUUUUUAUAAGGAAAAUUAUAGACAUAGAAUUUUUUUGGGAAUAUUAACAAUAACUAAAUUUAAAAUUUGUAGUUUUAUUUAGUAAAAGUCAUAUCCAACUAUAUUCCCUUUAAACAUUAUAUUUUUAUCUCAUUUUAUAAUAAAGUUAUAGGCGUAAACGCUAAAGCCAAAUAGGGGGUCACACUUGUGGAGGACAAUGCCAUAGUAAAAAAGGUGGUUUUGAGGUCCUUAAUAAAAAAUUCAUAACUUUUGAACCACUUGAGCUAGAAAGUUGAUCUUGGUGUUUCUGUUAUCUAUUCUCUAGGCUCUAUACAGUUGUAGUAUUUUUAUAUGUUAAAAAAUGUUUUGAAAUUUAAAUCAGUGUGCCUACAUACAUCAUAUAGGAUAUUUAUAUAUUUAUAAUACCCGGUAUAUAAUUUAAUAGCAUAUAGACAAUAUAGUAUGAACAUAUUAUAAUUUUUGUAAAAGUGAUGUUUAAUAUUAUAAGCUACUGUAAUAUAUUUCAUUAUAAUUUACACAUAAUCUCUAUAAUUAUUUUAUUUUAUUUGUUGGAGUCAGCUGUUGUUCCAACUAAGUGCCAACUCAGUUCAUGAUACAUAAUUUACUUCAGUUUAAAUUUUUUUUUUAAAGUCUCUUUACAUUGUACAUGAAUAAUUUAUAUUGUCUACUAUUUCUUAUUAUAUUUUUAGGAACUUUUACGACAGGCUGAAACUUUAAAUAACAUAGAAACUAAAACAGAAGGCAUGCAACAAAACCUGAAAACUUCACAACGACAUUUAAAUAAUAUAAAAAGUGUUUUUGGUGGAAUCAAGAAUUGGUGGUCUAGUGAUAAAAAGUCAGCACAAGCACCUACACCGGAGGAAAGUGCAAACUCAAAGUAAUGCAGACUGUAUAUGUUGUAUUUAUAACAAGAAUACUGUAAAUUUUUUAAUGUAAAAUCCAAAGUAUUUUCUUCUUCAAAUAUUUUUUAUCCUUAUUACUAAUAAAUUUUAUCUUAAUUAUAAUUAAAUAAAAUAUUUUUUUCAUAUUAAAUUGGAGAAAUAUUGUAAUGGAAAUUAACAACAUCUUUGUAACUAUAUAACUUUGUAUGAGAUUUAAUAUUCCUAAUAUUCCUAAUCCUUACACUUAUAAAUAUUAAAAAAAUUAACUCCAUAAGGAAUUUUCCAUCUGAAGUGGAUUUUUUUAAAAUCAAGAUUAUGCCUAGGCCCAUAGUUUCAGUCUGAAAAGUAAAAUUAAAACAAGAAAUUUUACUAACAGUUAUUGCUGUUAUAGUAUACUAGACUAAUUGUUGACAUUUUUAUAUAAUACAUUAUGUUUUGUUCUCACUGUAGGCUUAAAACAACAAUAGAAAGUAUUGAGAAGACCAAACCAGAUACAAGUGGAUUUUAUGAUGAUGAGGAUGUAGAUGCAAGAUUCAUGGCUGGAGCUAAAAAGCCAGUUGCUGGCCAGUACUCGAUGAUAACUCCUGUAACGAGAUCAGCAAGGGAAGAGGAAGUAGACCAAAAUUUGUGUAUGUAUAACUGCAAAACUGAAAUCAGUUUCCUUCAUCUAAAAUUGUAUAUUUCCACAGCUGGUAUCAUAUAUUUUACUGGUAUGAUUAAGAGAGCUUUAGACCUCUAUACAUAUCAGUUUGUAAUUUUAAAUGCUCCGACUUCAUGACACAUUUGUUUUUUUUAUUAGCUACCGGUACCUGAGGAGUGUUUAAUGAGAAUAAUUUGUUUAUUUCCCUAUAACUGUUUGCAUUCAGAUACAGUAUUUCGGGAAACUAUUUAAAAUUGUGAGUUACGAUUGAAAGCAACCGCCUUUUCUUUUCAUAAUCCCAAUUGCAAAAAUGUCUGUUGUAUAAUUAGUUAAUAAUUGUUCUUCACUUAUUGUUUGAUUUAUUUUUCCUUGACAGCUCUUAUGUGCGAUGGUAUGUCACGACUUAAAGGCCUUGCUUUGGGUCUCGGAGAUGAGAUUCAAAGACAGAACGAUCAGCUCGACAGAAUAAAUGUUAAAGUGGACUCCACAGAUGUGCUAUUGAGCCACCAGAACACACAGAUGCGGGGAAUUCUGAAAAAAUGAUAUGGGCAAUUUAUUUGAUUUAAUUUCCUUCUGCUGGAUUGCUUCAUGUUGAUGCCAUUUUCGUCAUUGUAUUUAGCUAACUUGGAGCUAUAAGGUACAUCAAGAGCCAUCCCUUGAAAACAUAUAUUAUUGAAGUAUUACUGUAGAUCUGUUACCACAAUUUAUUGCCCUGGGGUAUAAUUAAAUAUCCUGAUUAAAGCUGAUUUAGCCAACCGACAUAAAAUAAGAAUCCAAUAUUUUUUUUAAUUUGAAAAAAUUCUUCUUUGACCUGACAUUUUACACAAUUUUCUGUUAGUAAAAGUGUUUAAAUCAAUAAAUAAUUGUGUCUGGGAAUUCAAUUGUAAAAUAUAUUUUUCUCUAACUUGUUGAAAUAUAUUAGUUAGAAUAGAUUAAUAUUUGUUCCAAGAACAGUCAUGCUCUGUCCAAGAUGUUGGUUAGUCAUGGGGCUGGGAUUGUGGUGACUCAUUGCAUUUCAUUAGUCCAUGCCACUGUUUUGUUUUGAAAGGCUCAUUUUAUUUCAAUAAAAUCCUUGCAUGCAUAUAAUUUGAGCCUCCCUAUAAUAAGAUGGCAAAAAUUAUAAAAAUAAUUAUUUUUACUUUCAUCUUCAGUUAAAACUCUUUCGCUGCGGAAUUUUUUAUCUAAAUGUAUAUUUAUUUUAAAUAGCAUAAAAGAGUGAGAGGUUGGGUUUAUUAAAAAAUAGUUAAAAUAUUAUUCUUUGGUUUAUAAGACUAAACUUGGUAUCAAAUGAAAGAUAAGUGAAAGAACUAAAUGUUUGUAAAUUUAUUUCUUCAGUUUAAAUAAAAUAAGUUACAGAAAAGAACCAUGCUAAACCAUUUUUUACCCAAACCCUAUGAUUUACGCAUACCUCAUCUUCACUUCUAUAACUCAAAUCCUUUAAAACUACUACUGUCGGAAUCAUGUGAUGGAUCUAAAUAUAAAUCAUCUUCACUAUCAAAAUAAAUAAUAUAAAACAAUUCCAAAGCUAUAUGAGCUGUUAAUGAUCUAGGAAACCUACUUACUAGGGUCUAGAGUAGCCAUAGCAACAGUAUAAAAAAAUAGCAAAGAAAAACAUUAAAAUAAUGCUUCAAGUGACAACAAAUAAACCUUGGUUUUGCUUAUAAACAAUGAAGUACCACUCUUCUGUGUAAAAAUCUUAUUUAAAAUAACCCUUAAAAAGUUUAACCGAGAAAUAGCAAAGAAACAAACAUGAUAUUUAAAAGCAGAGCGCGUUGGUCCGUGCUUUUGAGAACGGGGGAUGAACACAGUGUGAUUUGCUCCGCAGCAAAAGAGUUAAUUAAAAGAAUUUAGACUGAGAUUUAGACUUCUUGUGAAGUAAUAAAAAUAGUGCUACAAUUAUAAAUUUUAAAAAAUAAUUUUGAAAUCGUUAAUUUUAUUAUUUUUAAAAAAUGAAGGUACUAUUGAGUGUAAGUUAUGUUAGGUUAAGUGAACUAAUUACAAGAGAGUUGCACUGUGAUAAAGCUUCAGAAGAUUAAAGACACAAACUUCUUGUGUAAGUAACAAUUAGGGUUGAUUUGUAAUAAAUAAGAGAAAAUACAAUUAAAAUUGUUUUGCUACAAGUACUUAUGAGUAUACUGAUACAUAAAUCACUCAAAUUUAAAUUUUGCAUACUUUAUUUCCUACCUACUGAAUAGGAAGGGAUGGGGGAAAAAAGGGUUGGCACAAGAAACUAAAGUAUAUUGAAUCAAUAAUAAGAAAAUUAAAGGAAUAACCACUGUGGGAUAUUGGUGUCUGUAUGGCUAUCUUUGCUUUGGGGAAUGUCAUUUUCAAAACCCAUAACUCCAUUCCAGUGUCAUGUGUUCAGGCCAUUUCAAACCUCUGUGAGUUUUAGUGGCAGUAGACCAGGAUUGUACACAAAUUACUAAAUAACACAUGUACCAAAACAAAUACUUAGAAAGUUUAAAUUGUUAAUUCAGUUUGCCAUUUUUGUAAUUAUAAACCUUAUGAAAUUAUUGUGUCAUUCCUUCAUUUAAAUAAUAUAUGUCUAAUUUGUACAGCCAAGAAAAGCAUUGGUUUUUGGGGGUUUUUCGCAGUGAAAUUUAGUAUUAAAAAAAAGGUAUAUAUUUAAUUGUGUAUGAAGUUAAUUUUGCUGGCUUCAAGAGCAAACUAAAUUUUUUGCUCAACUUAAACUAAGCAAUACAAACAAUUAAAUAUUACCAAACGUAGGGAAAUUUAAAACAAAGAAAUGUGGAUUUUUACUGUUUACAUUAGUAUUUAUUUAAAUAGAGUAACAUGAAGAAUAGUUGUUGAUAUUUUAAAUAAAACUAUUUUAUGAAGGUUAUCUUUCUCAUUAUUGUCUCAUGUAGGAACCCAUUAAAAUAGUAUUCAGGUCUGAAAAAAUUAUUGUGGAUACCGUUCACUAAAUGAACUUGAUUUUUUCAAAUCAUGAACUCUUCCCAACUACUGAAUGCCAUUUAACUAAAACCAUCUCUAUUGCCAAAUUGCAUAAUAAUAACACUAAGCUUUUGGGUAAUUGUACAGUUGUAUGUCCAUGGCUUUAACAGAUAUAAAUAUAUCUAUCCUUGAAAAAUUAAUGUAAACAUUUUUACUCCAAAAGAUGAUAAUACACUCCAUGCAUUAGAGUUAAGGUUUAUUUUAACACUGAUUAUGUUCUGUUCUUAAUUACAUAACUAAAUCAGUUUAUAUACUCAGUAAUUAAUGUUUUCAAACAUCUAAAACUCCAUUUAUUUAAAAUGUAUUCAGUGUCAGCAAAUAUUAUGCCAUGCUUAAAAUGUCUUUUAAUUUAAUCCUUAUGCAUUUAAAGAAGCUAAUCAUUUAUAUUCAUUUUUUUAAUGACUUCUUGCUAUGCUAACUUCAAAUGUCCAAUGUGUAUAGCUGAUAUGUAUACUGUAACUGUAUGUUAGUUUGAUCUGGUAAUUGAAGUCCUCAAGUUAUCAUUAUGUCACAUGCAAACAAAAUUCACUAUUAAAUCACAUAUUAGUCCCAUAAGGUUCAUUUCUGCUCUAACUUCUAUUGGUAAGUCAAGUCAUAUGUUAUUUGAUGCAGUAUAUUUGUAUUGUAAAUAGGUGUAUUCAUUAAAUUUAAUUCUCAAGUUCAAAAAUAGGCAACAGAAUUUAAGUUGAUCACUUCACACUAAAGAAAUAUAUGUUAGUGGUGAUGAAAUCUUAAACAGAAUUUUGAUUUUAUGAAUGUGCUGUAAAUACCGGUAAUAAAAUCUUUAAGAUAAAUG